AUGGUGGAAGAAACAAUGGCGGGAAUUGCAUUAAAUUUCAACUCCGAAAUGCGUCCAUUCAAUGACGCUUUUACAGACGGGAAAUUGCCAUGUCCGCACAGAUCUUGUAGAAGUGAGACUGGAAAAGCAUUUUUUCAAGAUUUAGCCCAACAUUAUAGGAUAAAACACCGAGAAUUAGCGUUCAACAAGGAGAAGCACACUCAAGAAGCGCGUCGAUUGUUUAACCUGUUUCACGGCAAUGAAACGAAACAGUACUUGGCAAGGGUUUUCUCUAAACGCUCUCUUCAGGUAAAUAUUUUUGGAUUCAACCUUAUUAUAAUUGUCGGCGUGAGCGAUCACACGGUUCGCUUAAGAAAUGAAUAUUUUAUGAGUUUAUAUUGA